CUGAGCUCUGGAAUUUCGCUAGUGAAGAGCUUGUCCACUCUGAGCUCAACAAGUGGAAGACAAUUUUGAUGAAGAUCUAUGCAGUCCUCCAUGACGCAGAGGAGAAGCAAAUGACGAACCCCCGGGUGAAGAUGUGGCUUGACGAGCUUGGAGAUUUGGCUUAUGAUGUGGAGGACAUCUUGGACGGCUUUGCCACUGAAUCUUUGCGACGCAAUUUGAUGGCAGAAACUCAUCCUUCCGGUACUGAACGUAGCACAAGUAAGUUAUGGAGCCUCAUCCCUUCUUGUUGUACUAGUUUCACUCCGAAUGCUAUUAAGUUUAAUGCAGAGAUGUUGUCCAAGAUCAAGAUGAUCACUACCAGUUUACAAGAAAUUUCUGCACAAAAAAGUGAUCUCCAUUUAACGGAGAAUAUUUCUGGGGAGAGGUCUACCAAAACAAGGGAAAUACUACCCACCACUUCUUUAGUUGAUGAAUCCCGUGUUUAUGGUAGGGAAACAGAUAAAGAAGCCAUAGCCAAUUUGUUGCUCAGGGAUGAUCCAUCUACUGAUGAAAUCUGCGUAAUUCCUGUUGUCGGUAUGGCCGGUAUUGGCAAAACUACUCUCACUCAACUUGCAUUCAACGAUGAUGAAGUAAAGGAUCAUUUUGAUUUGAGAGUUUGGGUCUAUGUUUCUGAUGAUUUUGAUGUCUUGAAGAUAACGAAAACGAUUUUACAAUCAGUUUCUCUGGCUACUCAGAAUGUUGAUGAUCUUAAUUUGCUUCAGAUGGAAUUAAGGGAGAAACUUUCUGGGCAGAAAUUUCUUCUUAUCCUAGACGAUGUUUGGAAUGAGAGCUAUGAUUCAUGGGAUCUUUUGUGCAUGCCAAUGAGAUCAGGGGCACCGGGCAGUAAGCUUAUUGUCACAACUCGUAAUGAAGGAGUUGUAUCAAUCACUGGAACUCGUCCAGCUUAUUGUCUUCAGGAGUUAUCAUACGAAGAUUGUUUAUUUGUAUUCACUCAACAAGCAUUAAGGAGAAGUAACUUUGAUGCCCAUUCACACUUGAAAGAAGUUGGUGAGGAAAUAGUGAGAAGGUGUAAGGGCUUGCCUUUGGCAGCAAAGGCCCUUGGUGGCAUGUUGCGCAACCAAGUAAGUCAUGAUGCAUGGGAAAAUAUUUUAACAAGCAAGAUAUGGGAUCUACCCCAAGACAAAAGUCGCGUUCUUCCUGCUCUCAAGUUAAGCUACAAUCAUCUCCCAUCUCAUCUGAGGAAGUGUUUUGCCUAUUGCUCGAUAUUUCCGAAAGGCUAUGAAUUCGACAAAGAUGAAUUAGUCCAAUUAUGGAUGGCUGAGGGUUUUUUCGAACAAACAAAGGAAGCAGAAGACUUAGGUUCUAAAUACUUCUAUGAUUUAUUGUCAAGGUCAUUUUUUCAACAAUCUAAUCACGAUUCAUCUCGAUUUGUGAUGCAUGACCUAAUCAAUGAUCUUGCUCAAUAUGUGGCAGGAGAAAUAUCCUUCAACUUGGAGGGUAUGUCGGUGAAUAAUAAACAACACUCCAUUUUUAAAAAGGUUCGUCAUUCAUCUUUCAACCGCCAAGAGUAUGAGAAGUUUGAAAGAUUCAAAACCUUUCAUAAGAUGAAGUGUUUGCGAACACUGGUCGCAUUGCCAUUGAAUGCAUUUUCUAGAUAUCACUUCAUCCCAAGUAAGUGGCUAUUACAUAAGUGGAGAGCUACCACAUUCGAUUGGUGA